AUGUAUGCCUUUGAAAAAAAAGAAGAAACUUAUUUCACCAAAGCUAUAUAUGCAUACGGGAUAAACAGGAACAUAAAGAACCCAUUUUAUUUACUAGACGAUAACUGCUUUUUCUAUUGCAUAGGAAGCAAUGGAGUCAUUCACUCCCUAUCUGAGAAAAAACAAAAAUUUCUACUUAGCGAUGAAAGCAGUUACGGGAUUGUAUGUCUGGGGAUAAGCAAUGAUAGGAAGCUCCUGGUGUUGGGGGAGAGGUCCAUUAGGAAACCUUUCCUUUCCAUAUACACCAACAAUUCUAAGCUCGUGAAAAGGUUAACCUUAGAACUUGCAGACAAUGAAUGUAAAAUUAUGAACAUUUCAUUUUCCUCAAAAAAUAAAUAUUUGUAUUGCUUAACGAAUGGAAGUACCAAGAGCCUUUUCUUCUGUUACGACUGGCUGCAUGAAAAGUUAAUGUUUUGCAAAAUUUUUUCGCCUUCCCUUUUUGGGGACUAUUGUGAAAUUUGCUUGAACGCGCAGAAUUCGUCAUACAUUGCGCUGCUCUCGGUGUGCGCUUUGAAUAGUGGCGUUAACAGCGGCGCGGCGAGCGGCGCGACGAGUGAUGUGAUUGGCCAAGUGAAUGCCAAUUUAACUGCCGAUUGCACCACCCUUGGCCAGAGCCAUGGCAACACUACCGAGCAGAUGGACCCCGUCGAGGAGGGACACAAGGCGGAGGGGAAGAGGCCCCCAAUGGGACCACCCACCCAGAGACACGUAUUGCUCUACCAUAACGUCGAUAGAAACUUAGUAGAAAUAAAAAUAAAAAAUAAAAAAUUGGAAAAAAUUGACCGUAAUUUCACCAAUUGCUGUUGGCUGAGUGAUGGCAUUCUACUCCUGACGAACAAAAAUAAUCAUCUCAUUUUUUACGAUGUUAAGAAGGAGCAUGUGAAGAUAUACCACAAGCAUAUGAGUAGUCGUCUGGAGGUUGUAAAAGUGGCUUGUCUUUCGAGGGGUUUUCUCCUCUUCGAUUAUGAAGGGGUGCAUAUUUAUGAGAGAUCCCCUGAUGUGAGCACCAACAUGUGCUACAUGUCGAAGUAUUAUGUACAAUUUAACUUCUCCUCCUUGAUGAGUGGCUACUGCUUGGUUUCCCCUUGUGAGAAAUUUUUGUAUUUCCUGUCUCAGGAUGGGAACUUGAAGAAGUUCGACAUGUGGCGGGCGAGGUGUAGUGAGGGGAGGGGCGAAGAACAGGUUGCCAAGGAUGGCAACAAGUGGUACAACGGGCUGGGGGGAGAUAACCUGUCCGGGUUGAAUGCGGACCCGUCGCUAACAUGUGGUGACCCGUCGCCGACAUGUGGUGAUGAUCACUCGCCGCUUGACAUGGGCAGCCAGGCGGCCUUCAAGCACUACGAUAAGCACAUCGACACGGUACUGGAGGACGUAAGUCCCUCGAAGAUAAACGAUUUCGAUGUGUGCAUGAAGCCGCCGCUGAUCAUCCUAUGUUACGACGACAACAUGAUAAAAAUGAUCAACUACAAGAAGAAGGAAGUGGUGAUGUCUAACUCUUUUAACAACGAACCGUUACAUUUGUCCAUUCAUUGUUCAGGUCAUUUACUGCUGGUGGCUUUCACGGACAAGUUAAGACUCUUCCACAUUUUGUAUAAUAAGUUAAAAAUAAAAAAAGAAUUUUUUUUAAAAAAUUGUUCCUGUUGCAAAUUUUCCAACGGAGGAAGUUUCAUGGCCAUUUCCAAAAUUUCUACCAUUUAUAUAUACAAAACUUACACGUAUGAAUUGUUAUAUGUAUUAAAGUCUCAUGUGAAUUACAUCACCGACUUGGUGUGGAGUUGUAACGAUUUCUCCAUCUUCUCGAUUGGCAAGGAUGGCUACCUAUUUGAGUACUCCUUAUACAAUAAUGGAAACAAAAAUAUGGAACUGAUGCAGAAGGAUAACAAGUUUUUAAGUAUUGAUUUAGAAAUUUUAAACGAAAAAAAUAAAAAAAAAGAAAGCAAUAAACAAAAUAAUGAUAAUACUCCGAAUAGUGCCAAGUAUGGAAGUGAGUAUAAAAGUUUUAACAACCUUGGAACAAAUGAAAUGAAAAAUGUUUUUGUUUCUUGUGAUGAUAAAACUAUAAAACAAUUUUGUAAUUCUAAAUUGGAGUGUGUGUUGGAGUCAGAAUAUGUGGUAGAUAAAAUAUUGGUUUAUAAAAAUAAAUUUCUUAUUGCCUCAUUUUAUAAUGGUUUUUACUGCAGAAUAAGAUUUUAUAUUCUUCCUCUUUGUGGGUUGUAUUUGGAAAUUCCUUGUCACAUUUUGAAUUGUGUUAAUUUGAAGCUAGAUGCAAAUGGGGAGCUCCUUUUUAGCUGCUCCAGGGAUGGCUCUAUAUAUAUGUUUUCGAUAGAAAAAAUGGAUUCUUUUUUUUUGUUUCAAAAUGAUUCUUCCUCUUUAGGGCAAAUUACAAACAGUGCACAGGUUGGAAAUGUGGCCAGUGGAGCGGUGGAGGGUGAUCACGAGGGAGGGGAAAAACUGCAAAAGGGGCAACUCUUAAGUAGCGCCAAUGACACCACUGAUGUGUACAGCGAAGAAUUGGUGUCUAAGGGGAAAGUGCCUAGCGGAACGGACGAUACAAAUGGAAGGGAAGCUUCUUCCAACGGCGGUGUUCUCCCUACCGGAGCUACCACUACGGGGGAGAAGUUAAAUCUGUCCGAUUUGAAUACAGAAAAGGGGGACACACAAGGCGGUGAAAAAGGAAGCGCUCAUGACGGUCUAGAGGGACCCAAGCAGAAGAGUAAAAUGAAAAAUAACUUCCUCCUAUAUGACCUAGAAAACAAAACUAAUUAUGUUCUGAACGAAGAAGAAAAAGAAGGCGACGAUAUUUUGAUUGACUUCUACUAUGUACAGAAAAAAAAUAAAGAAUUUUUGGAAUUACAAAAAAAAAUUACAAAUCUGAAAAACCAAAUGGAACUGGAAAUGAAAAAUAGAGAAUCGAUUCACAAGUCGGAGAUGAACAAACUGGAUAAGCAGAAAAAUGUAGAAAUAAAAAAUCUGCUAAAGAUAAAUAAAAACAUCAUCAAGGAAAAGGACAAAGUUGAGAACACGUGUAAGGAAUCUUUGUACGAGUUGGAGGAAAAGCACACCUGUUUUGUGAAUCAGCUAAAUGCCCAAUUUUAUUUAACGAACAAAAUAUGCGAGGAAAAAUUUUUGAAAAUUCAGGAAGAGUUCAAUUUAUAUAAAAAGAAAUCGACAGAGGAAAUCCUUGACCUGAAAAAGGAGCACCAAAUGAAGGUGACACAACUGAUCGCGCAAAAAGACGAGGAAGUGAAGAAGAAGAACGAAUUUAUAGAAAGCCUUAAAGAGAAGUAUGAAAACCUGCAGAGGGAAAAGGAGGAGUACAUAAAACAGAUUGAGGAUGACGUGGAUGAGGAGAUCCUGCUCAUAUCCCAGAAGUAUGAGAAGCAGAUUGGCGAGCUGAAGCAGGACAAGUACGACUUGAUGGGAAAGUUCAAGCUCUAUGAGCACAUCGAGGGCGAGCUGAAGGAGAGCAUUCAGCUGGAGAAGGAGAAGUUUGUGAAGAACAACAUCACAGCGAAGCGGCUGCAGGAGAGCAUUGACCACCUGAAGGGCGAAGUGGCGACUCUGAAGGACAACCUCGUGGAGAAGGACGACGAAAUCGAGUGCAUGAACAAAGACAUCUCCAACUUGAACAAAAAAAAUGAAGAACUGGAAAAGUUGAAAAUCGUGUUGUCACAAAAAAUAAAAGAUUUAGAGUCCAAUUUAGCCCCAAAAAAUUCAGAAAUAAAAAUUAUGAGAGAAAAAAUUGAAGAAAUGUCAAAGUGCUUUGAAAACAACCACAAAAAAACAGUCAACUUGCAGAUCGAAAUUAACGAAUACAAAAUGAAGAUAAAAUCUUUGCAUGAUGAUUUGGUAUGUAAUAAUAAAACGAUUGGAAAUUAUGAAAAAAUUUUGAAGAAUUUACAGGAGCAUAUUAAGGAGUGCUAUUUGCACCUUCAUGAUAAGAAAAUCUUUAACGCGUCCUUCUUGAAUUUGUACAAUAAGUUCCACAAGGUGAAUGACGUGAAGAACUACGACACGAAAAAUGUGUUUUCUGAAUACUUGCGCCAGAAGGAACAUUUGGAGAAUAUGAUUGAUGUGUUGAAAGACAAGUUGCAGAAGGAGUCGGAGGCUUUCCGCACGGAGAAGAUAAAGAUGAUGAACGAGAAUUCGCUCCUCCUCAAGGAGAUUAACGAUUUGAAGGUGGACUUGAAUUUCCUAAAGGCGGAGUGCCACAAUGCCAAACUGAUUAAUCGCAAGAUCCAGUUUCUGCGCAAGUACAACAAGAAGGGUGGGGUAGGGAGCGCAACGAAGCAAGUCCCCCCGGAGGGGUAA